CAUGAAAUCGGCCGAUUCUGACGUGACGUCACGACUCACGACGUACUUCAGCCAGCGCUGCCACCGGUCAGUGCGAGUCUACCGGCGAAGGAGCAGGGUGCGUGUCGCGAGUGCUCCGCGUCUCGUUUGGAUUUCGUGCACGAGUAACGCGAACGGGAGUGUCGUGUUUCAACGCGAUGGACCGAAUAAUCUUCUUGAAAAGCAUCCGGGUCGACGGAGACCCGGGAGUUUCGGCGGAUCGCGAUUGAUGGGCAGGGGAAGGGAGAAGGACGUUCAGCCGCGAUUUUCGCGUGUAUUUCGGCGCUAUUCGUUCGCCAGAGAGCCUCGCGAGAAUUCUUUAUCGUCUCGAAGGUUAUCUCGGCGUCGACGGGUGUCCGGGAGUUUCGAAGCAUCGCGAAUUCGUGGAAUUAGCAAGCUGUGGGAGGGGGGAGGAGAGGAGGGAGUUGCUUGAGAUAUCGUUUUCGUCUGUAUUUCGACUGUAUUUUGACAUGUACGGUGACUCUCGUGCGGUAUUUCGGCAUUAUCCGCUCGGCGAGAAGUUCCGCGAGUGCUCCAACAUCUCCAGGAGUACUCGAGUAUCGGAGAAAGUGUCCGAGAAACGCGAAUUUAUCGAAACCAACCGUCGUUUCAAAUUGUGAGAAAGUGGCGGCCGUUGCUUGAGAUAUUUGAUACCGUGCCUAUCCGUGUAACCGUCAGAUGGCGCGCAGUGUCGCUCCGCCAUGACACCUUCCGCUCACUUCGCGAUGUCACGGAAAGACGCGGCGCGCCGAGAGAUAUCACGAAUUAAUUUAAGGGUAUUUCGAUGCGUUUAAUGUGAUUAAUAUUCGUACGCUCGCUUUCCCGGAAUCGGAAAUGUAUUUUUUUUAAUAGAUAUUUUGUUUGUUUUUCUUCGCGAAUGCAAUAUCGAACGUGAUCGAGCGGGAUCAAAAGUGCCGAAUGCAUUCGUGAGUGAUCUUAUUUUUUUUCGUAUCGUCCGUUUAUUUCGAAAUGCAUCUGUGUGUAGUGAUUUGCGAUAAAUAAUUAUUGCAAAUAUAAAAUAAUAGAAAAAAAACAGUGCAGUGAUCAGUGCCAAACCAUAUGGGAUUAUAGCAGAACAGCAGUGGAACAUUAAAGCGGAUAUAUUAAAGCAGAGAGAUUUAGAUAAUCGACUCAACGUAAUGAGAUUGGAGAUAUUCCACGGAGGAAUAGGAAAAUAUUAAGAAAAGUGUUCGUGCGAAACGCGUAUAGGUCGAGAACUUAAACGAGAUUUUCGCGCGCGAAAAAUCGUUUCCCGUUUCCGUAUAUAAAUUAAUUAAUCGAUGAGAAAGUGUAAACACUCGGCGAUAAAGUAUAGUAGAACCGCGAUGAAUCGCGUUGUGCCGUGAAAACAGUGCGCACGAGAGAGAGAGAGAGAGAGAGGAUCGAUCUUAAAACUGCAAGCGUCGUCAAAUGGAGUCCCUUCCGGAUCACGAGGAUGCGUUUGAAUCCACGAACACAUGUUGGUGAAAUGAUCGUGUGCGUGGUGUAUCGUGGAUGCUGCAGCGAUUUCUAAGAAGCAAUUGCCCAAGACUAAGAUGUACCCCGCGCCGGCGAGACAUCCCGCCGCUCCCGGUGGCGGCGGUAGCGGCGGGGCUGCUGGCGGACUGAAAUUCACGGUGGCGGACACUUGCGAGAGGAUCAAAGAGGAAUUCAAUUUCAUCCAGCAGCAGUACCAUUCAUUGAAGCUCGAGUGCGAGAAGCUGGCCAGCGAGAAGACCGAGAUGCAGAGGCACUACGUUAUGGUAAGGCACUUUUACUACGAAAUGUCCUACGGCCUCAACGUCGAAAUGCACAAGCAAACGGAAAUCGCAAAGAGGCUGAACGCGAUAAUCGCGCAAGUGCUUCCGUUCCUGGCGCAAGAGCAUGGCUUGCAGCAUCAGCAGCAGGUGGCCAACGCUGUGGAGAGGGCGAAGCAAGUCACCAUGUCUGAACUGAACGCCAUUAUCGGGCAGCAGCAACAGCAGGGUCUACAGCAGCUUUUGCAACAGAUCCAUGCACAGCAACUGCCCCACGGUGCGGUGGUCGGCGGUCUUCCGCCGGGCGGUCUGCUGGGCUUCGCAGGUGCGGCCGCGGCGGCCGCAGCCGCGGGUGUGCCGCCGCACUUGGCGCCGCCGCCGCAUCCCGCGGCCGCAGCUGCGGUCCAGGCACAGGCGCAGGCGCUGCUGAAGCCCGCCGAUCUCCAGCAGCAUCGCGCGGCCGCGGAGACGCCCGAGGACCGUAAGCCGAUCGCUCUGCCGGACGAGAGACUCGGUCAUCGCUCGGUCUCGCCACCCGAGAAAUUUCGCAGCCGCACACCCGACCUCGAGAGCGACCCCAAGAGGCGGAAGGAGGAGAAGCUAGGACACGAGAGCGAUGCUGAGAAGAGCGACCAGGAUCUAGUUGUCGAUGUAGCGAACGAGGAGGCGUCGUCUCCGCACGCAAACGGAGAGCACUCGGAUCCACGCGAGAACGGCACCCUGGAGAAGCUGGGCGCACCGGGCCACGUUGGCGGACCGGCAUCAGGCACGGGAUCAGCAUCCGUAAAGGACAGGCCGCCUUCGCGCAGCGGCAGCUCAUCCGCCCGUAGUACACCGUCUCUGAAAAGUAAAGAUGUCGACAAGCCGGGUACACCUGUGGCGGCGGCGAGGGGCUCGCGCAGUUGUACGCCAACUAUGGGCGGCAUCCCUGGGCCCUUGGCAUCGCGGGUCUAUCAUCCGCCAUCGUCGCAGCAAACGCCACCGCAGGGUUAUCAGGGCUUGCCAUCCCGCGGCAAUGAGCCGCCGCAGUCGCCCUCGCCAUACAGCAACUUGCCAUACGCGAGGCCCUCUAUGCUCGGUUUCGACAGUCACAUGAGGAUAUCAGCGAGUAACGGGCUGAGCAACAUCGCGGGCGGCAAACCGGCAUACUCUUACCACAUGAACGGCGAAGGCCAGCUACAGCCUGUACCAUUCCCCUCGGACGCUCUAAUAGGACCGGGCAUCCCGCGUCACGCGCGUCAGAUUAAUACUCUGACUCAUGGCGAGGUGGUCUGUGCCGUCACGAUCUCGAAUCCGACCAAGUACGUUUACACCGGCGGUAAGGGUUGCGUCAAGGUUUGGGAUAUCGGCCAGAGUGUCGGCAGCGCCAGCGUGAAACCAGUUUCGCAGCUGGACUGUUUGCAACGUGACAAUUACAUUAGGUCCGUGAAACUCUUGCCUGACGGAAGGACCCUGAUAGUCGGCGGCGAGGCCAGCCAACUGAGCAUCUGGGACCUGGCGAGUCCCACGCCCAGAAUCAAGGCGGAAUUGACUUCGUCGGCGCCCGCCUGCUACGCCCUAGCGAUCUCACCGGACUCCAAGGUCUGCUUCAGCUGCUGUAGCGAUGGCAACAUCGCCGUGUGGGACUUGCAGAAUCAGACGUUGGUCAGGCAGUUCCAGGGCCAUACAGACGGCGCGUCCUGCAUCGACAUUUCCGCCGACGGGUCCAAACUGUGGACCGGCGGCCUCGACAAUACCGUGCGCUCGUGGGACCUUCGCGAAGGCAGACAAUUGCAGCAGCACGAUUUCACCUCGCAGAUAUUCUCUCUCGGUUACUGUCCGACCGGGGAAUGGUUGGCCGUCGGGAUGGAGAACUCGAACGUGGAGGUACUCCACGCCACCAAGUCCGACAAGUAUCAGCUGCAUCUGCACGAUUCUUGCGUGCUUUCGCUGCGUUUUGCCUCCUGCGGAAAGUGGUUCGUCUCCACCGGCAAGGACAACUUGCUGAAUGCUUGGCGUACGCCGUACGGUGCUUCAAUCUUUCAGUCUAAGGAGUCAUCAUCGGUGCUGAGUUGCGACAUUUCCGCAGACGACAAGUACAUUGUGACUGGAUCCGGCGAUAAAAAGGCCACUGUAUACGAAGUGAUUUACUAAGCCUAUUCCCUAAACAAAGAAAGAAAGAAAGACUUGUUCUUUCCUCUUUAAAAUAGUGUUUAAAAAAUGGAUUGAGAACUUCAAGUUAAUCUCCUGUGCGAGAAUAAAAGUUCCCGAAAAAGUGGGAUUCUUUAGCAGCCUUAGGACCCUAAAUAAGACCGACGCGACUGGUAUAAUUGUGUACAUAUUACGCAUAUGCGAAUCUAUAACGGAAUUACAAUAGAAGAAUGUGAAAGAUAUGUGUAUGUGUGCGUGCGUGCGUAUGAUGAACUGAGAGUCAGCGAUGUAUGUAUAUUCGCGCGUGCGUGUCCCGAUUUCGCGAAAACGAACGUUCCGUAUAUACGCGAUUACGCGCGCGGGGACUACUAUUUGUCGCGUGCAUACAACGAGCUCUGGAAACGUGUUUUGAAACGACGAGCGAUCAACGGAACGCUCUGGUCGCAUGUGCGCUAAAGUAAACGAGAGGAGCCUUCGCAAACGGUGAUGUUAGACAUAUAUGAUUUUGUAGCUACGUAAACGUAGGAUUAUAAACGCGCCUAAAGCGGACGGCCGGUAUCAUCGAGGUGUAAAAAGGCGUCGCAAGAUUAGUCUUUGCCUAUCCGGUAAGAGAAAUUGCAUUACGCUUUUUAGUAAAACCACGGACACGGGCGUCACUUUGAAUCUUUGCAAUCGCUACAUCUUCGAACGAAUCGUAUCCUUCCUGCUGUCCCCUCUCGAGCGACGUAAAAGAGGACGUUAAAGAGAAAAAAAAAUUGAAGAAUGUCCAAAAGUCUUUUACAUCCUUUUUUUAAAGGCUUAUUGAUUGUAUUGCGUCGGCGGAUUUUUAUGAAAUGCGCAUUGUCAAUGUGAAAAGUAAUUUACGUUAUGAAUAAUCAGUAUUGUUGUACUUUUCGGUUCGAUAUUUUUUAAUUGCGAUAAAAGAAUCUAAAUCGAGUAAUUUGUCGAACAAGAGGACAUUACGUUUCGGGCUUCAAACUGUUAGAUUUUGAUUAAUUUCACUUUCAUGACUACUAUGUACGCUGUUUGGCAAACUUGAUUGCAAACAUAUCUUUUUUUUUUUUUGCCUCGUAAGCAUAAAGAAUGAUACCUACCCACCGUUUAAUAAUCGAAUUUCUACGUGAUAUUGCGCGAAAGGCAGAUACGAAUCCCUGUACAGAAUCCUUGUACAUAUUCGACGUUUGUGAUUAUAACGAUUAUAAAACGAGUAUUUACUCGGACUCUUUAAAUAUACCUAUGUAAAGUACAACCCCAAUGCACAAUCGAAACAAAACUAUUUCUCUACUUCAAUUAGGUGAACACUAAAAUGCGCGGAGAUCAAUAGAGGCGGAAUAACUUCUUGCAGUUUUUAAAUAUUGACUUUUCAUUAUAGGUAUAUAUAAAUCAAUGAAAAAAAUAUUGAUAUUGUACGAAAAAUUAAAUGAUAACGAUAUCUUUGUGUUAAAAAAAUAUUUGAACAAUGAUAUAUAUAAUUGGAGCUUUAUCCAAUAUCAAAAACGAUAUGACAAGGAGCAUUUUCGUAAAUGCUUUCGUGAAUAAAUUUCUGCUUUCGAUUGAUCUUCGUCCUGCGAAAAUUAGCUGAAUGAAAUUCUCGACAGACAGACGAGCGCGAAUUAUAAUGUAUCAUCGAGAUGAUUAAAUUUGUGAAAUUAUACGGUCCUUCAUUCUGUGUCCUUAACGUGAAGUAAUAAAAACCAAGUAAACCUUAAGAAAAACGGAUAGUUACUUUAUUAUAUAGUUUUCGCAGUUCUCGUCUUGCUGGCGAAUAUAUUAUGACAAAUUGAGAGGUUUGGUUAAUGCAUCACACAUAUGUAGAGAAAGAUAUGUCAUAUAAUUAACAAUGACGUAUCUGCAAAAAUUUCUUGAGGAAAUAAAUAAGGAUUUAUUCCAUUU